AUGACCACCUCCAACCCCUUGCCCCUUGCCCCCUGGUCCCUCGUCAGGAUCGGCAUACAGUCGCGUGGCUGGAAGUUCUGCACAACGACCUGCGACGCGACCCAAGUCAUGUUCAUGCCCCCCCCCUUUUCCAGGGACUUUCUCACCGAGAAAAGGCGGAUUUCACAUGUCUUUCUUCCAGUGGUUGAUGUCACCAAGGCAAUCCUUCGUUCCAUUCCAGCCGAACCUGCCAUUGCCACUUGGCAGUUCCUGGGAAUGGCUACGUACGCAACGAGGGGCAGGCCAGAAAGCCUUGGCACGUGGCUUAUGCUGCGACAAUCAACAAUCGGUUCCGAGGCACAAUCCUCGACGAUAUACAGAUUACAGAUCUACAAUCUCUCUCCCGGUGCGGUGCGGUGCGGUGCGGUGGGAGCGCCGCGUCAUUUGCCUCCCGACAGACUUUCAAGAACACCUCCGCAGGACUACUUCGACAACUUACAAUUCUCACUCGAACACAUCCCUUCUUGGGAGAUUGAGCGAGUUUCGUGA